UCGCGCAAGUCGGCCGGUCUCCAAUGGGUCUGGGAAGCUUCAACAGCUUUGCUGAAGCUGGAGGAGCUGUGGUGCUGGCUCCAUGCCGACCUUUGCUACAUCAUGAGCGGUUAGCGAUUGGCGAAGACGAUGCUGAAGCACAAGCAUGGUGGAGGCAGUGCAACUCCACUUGGGAGCCGACGUCAACCUCAUCCUACCGAAGAGGGCGCUACUCCUCGUUCAAUGGCCAGGUCUAUGGGCAAGGGUACGGCGGACAGCCGGACGGACAGCUGUACGGGCAGGGUGGUGCUGACGACUAUGAUGCAGAUGCUGAUGAUGACCCUGCUGCAGAGGAAGCUCGAGCAGAGAAGGAGGAGGUGCUCAACGAAACCAUGGGCAAAGCAAAGCAGGUGCUAGAUGUGCUGAAGCGGGUUGAUGCAGAGACUGACUCCUCGAAAGCUCAACUGGUGGAGAUUGGUGCCAAAGCAAUUGACUUCAAAGCCAGAUUCCGCUUCCGCAAUGCAGCACUGGCUGCAAGCACUGCACACGAGAUCACUGCCCACCCUGGCAAAGUCAAUGGGCUGCUGGAGAAACUCUCCAAGGAUUCCCAACAGUUGGAAGAGCUGAUGACUCUAAGCAAAGUCGGGCAGCCGUUCCGAUUACGCUCCCACCUGAUAAGACUUGCAGGAGAUGCUGAACGCGCAAGCCAACUUAUGGACGUGAAAAUCGAUAAAUUGAAGGAAGCUUUGAGGAUCAUGAAGCAUGCCGGUGGAGAAUACGUGGAUCUUGGCGAAGGCGGCGAAGGCGAUGAAGGGGUCGAAGGCGAAGGCGGCGAAGGCGAUGCCGAGUCGACCCCUGUCCUACCAGUCCAAGAGAAUGCUGCAAAUGUGGAGAUGACUGCUCAAGGUGGACAAGAACAACUUGGCAUGACUGGCGGUCUUCAACCGGGGGUUCCAAGUGGCAUGCCCUACGGCCCAAGUCCAGAUCAGGUGGCCCAAGGGGCACAGGAAAUGGCCAUGGAAGAGAAAAUGGAAUCAGCACAGGCUGCAGCUAUGUCUGGGGUGACUGCCUCCGAGGAUGCAGAGGCCACUGCAGAAGAGAUGGAGUCGGAAGUGCAAAAUAAGACUUGGUCCAUUGACGAACUCCCGCAGCCGCUGUCCAGCGAUGUGGAACCGCAGGAGCCCGCGCCUGCUGGAGAGCCUCCAUUGCCAGUUGUGGAGACAUCCAGUGGCUGUACCUGUGACCCCACCGCAAAGUGUGCUUUACAGGGCCAGCCCUUCACAUGGUGCCGUGUUGGGACUUCAGAGGAGCCUAGCUGUGGCGAAUUGGAGGCUGCAUCCGACCCCACUGGCCGGGAUCAUGCCCUUGGUGUGCAGGGACGGAUGUGGGACUACUGUGUUCCACACCAAAUGGAACAACCAGACACCCAGGAGGGAGUGGAGGAGUUGACAUCACAUCUUGGCUGCGAAUGUGCACCACGAAUGGACGUCCUACAGAAGUAUAUGAACGAUCCGCUCUUCCACAAUAUGGAGACCGGCGAAAUCGAUAUCCAAAAGGUUCCUUUUAAAGACAGGAUCACAAUUGAAGCGAUGCAGAAGUAUCUCCAGGAUGGUGGCGACCUGUGCCAACAGACGCCCAGCAGUGGUCAGUUUCUUGCUUGUCCCGCAGCCAAAGAUUGCGCGGGGAGCAAUGUGGCAGGUCCAGGUGGAGCCUUGCCCAGUGGCUGGUUCUCUGGUGUCAGUGGCAAGAGCUGGGACUUCUGUGCUCCAGUGCCAGAACCGCCGGCUGAACCACCAACCGAGCAGGCGCCACAGGACAUGAAUGGACACUAUGGUGCCAACGGUGUGUACAAUCAGAACUAUGGUGCGUAUGGCAUGAACGGCAUGAACAUGCAAUACCAGAUGGUACCUGAAGGAUUGUCGUUCAUAUUCCAAUUUCCCUCGUAUCCAUCGUUUUCGUCCAAGCGAAGUUGGCGGAAAGACUUCCUCUGACAUGUGGUGGUUCUUUCACUGGACACUGAUGCCAUGGCGAACUGACGGCCGAUGUUCUGCAAAGACCAAAA